AUGGCUCGCCGUGACCAAAGCGACACCGUUGCCGGAGAGCUCCGCCAAUCCAGCGAGACUGCGGCCGACCUGGCCAACGCGAUGCAGGACUCCAUCGCCGCGACCGGAGCCGGCUCCGAGACUGCAUCCGCGCGCGACGAUGUGUCCCCGGCACACCACAAGGAUGCCGUGCCUGAGGGGCUGCGUCACACCAGCGAAGUGGCUGCGGAGCUGGCGAACCGCGUCUUCAGCGCCAUUCGCGAGAGGCUGCACUUCAACCAUCCGGACAAGUCGGCACCUGGCCACGGCAGCGGCAGCGGCAGUGGCAGCGAACGGCAGUAA